GGCCCUCGACCCCCGAGCUCCUCGCCCAUGGCGGCCCCGCUCUUCCCGCGCCAGCCCUGGGCCCCCGCGCCCACCCUCUCGGACCCCGCCGACGACGCUGGCGGCCUGUUCGACGAGCCGCCCCCAGAAGAGCACCCCGCGGCCCGCGCGCCCCGGGCGGUGGCGGCGGCGGGCAGGAGGGCCGGUCGGCGCGCGGGCGGCAGGGUGCAGGGGGCCCGCUCCGGGCAGCCCCUCAAGGCCGUGGCGCGCCCUCAGCCCGAGGAGGAGGCGCCCGCGCGGGACGAGGGCUGCUACCUCGACCAUUUCCCGCACCUCUCCGUCUUCAUCUACGCGGCCAUCGCCUUCUCCAUCACCUCCUGCAUCUUCACCUACAUCCACCUGCAGCUGGCCUGAGCGGCCGGGGCGGGGGCUGGGGGCGCGGU